ACAGUCAAGCGGGGCUCAGUACCUCCUCGCCAUCAGCCAGCCCCACUGUAGCGCACUCAGUGUAGUGCCGCAGUGAUCUGGCUUCACAGUUACGCUGACAGUAUCUUUCUUAUCGCUUCCUCUCUUUUUUAUCAUCCUGAUAUCCACUUGAAGAUCGAUCUGUGGAGACUUAUCACUUGACAGCUUUGACCACAGGUUGGCCGGCACUCAAGGCGUCUCGUUCCCAAUACUCGCAAGCCUAGCUACCUCGCACAUCCCCAGCUCCGUGAUGGCCACCAAGAUGCAUCUGUUACUUGCUACCGUGUGUGCCCUUCUCUUGACAUCUGUGGUGGUGUGUAGUGUAGAGAUCCAACCCACACGACCACUCUUGCCCAAGACAGAUAUUCGGUCUCCAUUCAUAGCUAAUCACACAAAGCUGCUGAUGGAACUCAUGGAAACCAAUUUUGACUAUUCACUCAGUUAUCUGUUUUCUAGCAAGCAAUAUGGAAGUCAGUAUAUAGAGCGUCCUGGUAUGUCCAAGUUUCUGAUGGAGGCAAGUGACAAGCACUGGAAGGAGGGUUUUGAUGUCCUACAAAAGUUCCUUCAGCGUGGUGGCAACUUUGAUGAUGUAUCUCUGAGUGUCAAAGGAAAGGGUUACCAUAAUCUGACCGUAACUGGUGGUUCAGGCGAGAACUAUGUGAACACUCUGGAAGAUGUUCUGGAAAACUGCCAGGGGCGAUAUGAACAAAUGAAUAAACUUUGCCAUAAAGCAAACAAGAGUCCAUCAAGCUCUGGAGAUGCUGAGAUAGCUCAUUACUUGGAGGAGAAGCUCGAAGAUGAGGCAAAGCGCCUUCGAGAGUUGUAUGGCCAUAUCGUCACUCUGAAAAAGAUGAAAUCCCUUGGUGUGGCUCUCAACAUGUUUGAUUCCAAUCUUUAAUUUUCAUGUCUUUUCAGUUCUUUUAAUUCUCAUUUCAGACUUAACAGAACUAUUAUUUUGAAAGACUAUAUAUAUAUAUAUAUAUAUCUAUUAUAAUUUUAAAGUAUAUGAACAGGACUUGAGAUUUAUUAAAAUGCUAGUUUUCAAAAACAGCAUGUAAUUAACAUAUAAAGUUCACAAACCAUAUAUGGUUCCCAUAAUGUAACUAAACCUUUCGAAUUUUAAUAUUAAUGCUGUACUGAUAUUAGAGGCUUGAUUAAAAAAAGUACUGUACUGUAUGUGCUUAAAAAAAAUAUGAAGAUAAUCCUUGAAUUUUUCGUUAUACUUCGGUGAUAAUUAUAAUAGGGUGCAGAGCUUGCACACAAUACAGUAUAACAUCCCAAUUAAUCUGUGGGUUAUACUGUACCAAGUUGAGAUGCUCAACUAAAAUAAUGGCUACACUUCUUUAUGAUGUGUGAAGGCUUUCUUCUGCUGAUGUACACCCCCCUCCCAACCAUUUGGGCUGGACGGUAGAGUGACGGUCUCGCUCCAUGCUGGUCGGCAUUCAAUCCCCGACCGUCCAAGUGGCUGGGCACUAUUCUUUCCCCUUUGUCCUCAUCCUACAUCAUUAUUCUGUAGCCUAGUCCUAACCUUAUGUGGUUAGGACCACACUAUAUCACUUUUGUGUUUUAAGUUUCAAUCAAUGCAUUAAGAAGAAAUACUGAGUGAAAACAUACAAACAAAAAUAGAUUUCAAUGUAUUUUAAUAAAGAAUAACUGAUACUGAAA